CACACCAAUGAUGGAAACAGAAAAUUUCACUAUCUUCAUCAAAAACAGCAUCCGCUUCCCGACCUUCAACUACACCAAAGGGAACUUCCUUCCUAACAUCACGAAAAAAUAUAUCAGUGAGUGUAACUUUGACAUGGUCAACAACACCUACUGCCCGAUCUUCAGAGUGGGAGAUGUCGUCCGCUACGCCCAGCAGAACUUCACUAAUCUGGCAGAACAUGUACAGACCAAGCCUGGAGGAGUGAUCGGAAUAAAGAUCGGCUGGAUGUGCGAUCUGGACAAGUCGGAUGACCACUGUAACCCCUCGUACUCAUUCACCCGACUGGAUGCUAUGUCACAGAACAACACUGUCUCACCUGGCUACAAUUUCAGAUUUGCAAAGUAUUUUAAGAUGGAAAAUGGGACUGACUACCGCACUCUGGUCAAAGCCUAUGCUAUCAGGUUUGACGUCUUGGUCAAUGGAAAUGCAGGAAAGUUCAACAUGAUCCCUACACUCAUUAACAUGGUUGCAGCCUUUACAUCAGUGGGAGUGGGCACAGUGCUGUGUGACAUCAUACUGCUCAACUUCCUGAAAGGUGCGGAGCAGUACAAGGCCAAGAAAUUUGAAGAGGUGUCCGACAACCCAUCCGAAGGCAAUGGACUGUAUCGUUCCCAACUAUCCCUCAGACAAACCAUGACAAAGUCCAAUGACUCAGGGGCAUUUUCUAUUGAACCUUACAGCUAAAUGGACAGCAUACGUGUUUAUUUCAUGUUUUAUUAUCCAGCAGUACCAAGGUGAAACCAUGUCUUUAUGUUGUUAGAGAUAAUACGUAGAAUGCUGAAUUAUUGCUGCUUUGCACUGAUUCAAGUUGGAUACAAACAAGGACAAAGACAUAAAAUGAAAACAAGAGCAUGACUAUCUUUGCAUGACUAUCAUUUGGCAUGCGACAGGAGCUCAGGAUUCCUGAUGUGGUCUGGCUUUUGAAAAGAAAUGAGAACUGACUGAAGUUACCGUUUUAACAAUAAAGUUAGAAACAAGAUAACUGUGAUGAACUGGUUCUUGUUUAGUAUUUCUAUUGUGAUUUCCACUCUCAUUCAUUUACUAG